UAACUAAUCUGUUUGUCAUAAAGCUUCGAAGCAAAUUCACGCACGUCGAUUUUGUUUUGUCGCAGUUUUUUUUUAAGAAAUUUUACUAUUAAAAUUUGCGAUUUAAAUUUUUUAAUAAUGGCUACGGCAGUUUAUUUGGAACACUAUUUAGAUAGCCUUGAGUCCCUGCCUAUGGAGUUAUCUAGGAAUUUCAACCUAAUGCGAGAUUUGGAUUCAAAAUCUCAAGAUUUACUAAAAGAAAUUGACGAAAUGGCCGACAGCUACCUGACAAACGUGAAAGACCUCUCAAACGAUAAACGAAAAGAACAGCUCUCGAAGAUUCAGACAAUGUUUAGUAAGAGUAAGGAAUUCGGGGACGACAAAGUUCAACUAGCCAUGCAAACUUACGAGAUGGUUGAUAAGCAUAUUAGAAAGCUGGAUGCUGACUUAGCUAGGUUCGAAGCCGAACUGAAAGAAAAGGCAGCUGAUGUUAAAAAAGAUGGCUAUGGAGGCACCAAAGAUACAAAAAAGAAAAAGAAAGAUACAAAUAGUAAGGAUAACACAGAUGACGGGAAGAAGAAAAAACGGAAGUCUAAUAUGAAUGGUGACGAAGACUUGCCACAAACAAUAUCCGGAGCCCUGAGCCCUCCAAUCUCGCUGGCCCUGGGGCACGCAUCAGAUGUCCUCGACAUGCCCGUAGACCCGAACGAACCGACCUACUGCCUCUGCCACCAAGUGUCUUAUGGCGAGAUGAUUGGCUGUGAUAACCCUGAUUGUCCAAUAGAAUGGUUCCAUUUUGUGUGUGUUGGGCUGACAGCAAAGCCUAAGGGGCGGUGGUACUGUCCCAGGUGCAGUGUCGAUAAGAAGAAGAAAGUUUAACCGGACUUUCAUUUUUAUUUCUUUAUAUUAUUUGUUCAUAUUAUUAUUUCUAUUCUACACACACACGCGCACACACACACACACACACACGUCCAUAUAUAUAUAUUUUUGAUAUUAAAUUGAGAUCUAUUUACAUUACUUCAGAUGAAAUGUUCUUAAAAAUAUUGACAAUCUUGACUAAUUUCAGUUAUUUUUAAUAUCAUUAUUUUUAUUAUCGCUAAUAAUAAUAAUAUAAUAAUAAUUAUUAUUAUUAUUAUCAUCUUCAUUCAGUUUAUUUAAACUAUAUAUGGCCUUCGUGAUACGUGUAUUUUGUAAUUAAAUAACUGUUGAUUUUAAUAUAGUUGUUAUUUGUAUUAUUAUUGUUAUUAUUAUUAUUAUUUAUUAUUAUUAUUAUGAGAAUAUAUUAUUUCAUGUCAUGUAUGUGAGGUCGUUGACACAUUUUUCACAUAGUUAAUUUUAAAUGCCAUCUAAAAGUUAAAAAAUCGAUGUAUUGUCAAUUAUUUAUUAACAAAUAAAUAAAUUAAUUAAUUCGAU